CCCGGCUUAACGCCAGGGUGCCACGCCCGAUGCCUAGCUAGCGUGAUCGAGCGGUACGGGGGGGAGGGCUGCGCCGACGUGACCACCCGCCAAAACUGGCAGAUCCGCGGCGUUCAGCUUCCCGACGUCCCCUCCGUCCUCAACGGCCUAACUGCCGUCGGCCUCACCAGCCUUCAGAGCGGCAUGGACAACGUUCGCAACCCCGUCGGCAAUCCCCCCGCCGGCAUCGACCCCUUCGAGAUCCUCGACACUCGCCCCUACACUUCCCUCCUCUCCUCCUUCGUCACCUCCAAUUCCAAGGGCAAUCUUUCCCUCACUAAUCUGCCAAGGAAAUGGAACGUCUGCGUAGUGGGUUCCCAUGAUCUGUACGAACAUCCACACAUCAACGACCUCGCCUACAUUCCGGCGGAAAAGAACGGAAGCGUCGGCUUCAAUCUUCUUGUUGGCGGUUUCUUUAGCCCCAAGCGCUGCGCAGAGGCUGUCCCCCUUGACGCCUGGAUCCCCGCCGACGAUGUCGUUCCACUCUGCAAGGCCGUUCUCGAGUCCUAUCGUGAUCUGGGCUCCCGCGGUAACCGGCAGAAAACCCGCAUGAUGUGGCUCAUCGACGAACUCGGUAUAGAGACAUUCCGCUCGGAGGUCGAGAAGAGAAUGCCGAUGGGGGAGUUGGAGAGAGCGUCGCCGGAGGAGCUGGUGAUGAGGCAAUGGGAGCGAAGGGAUUACCUCGGCGUACACCCGCAGAAGCAGCCGGGGUUGUCCUUCGUCGGCCUACACGUGCCUGUAGGCCGCGUCCAGGCAGAGGACAUGUUCGACCUGGCAAGAAUCGCGGACGCGUACGGCUCCGGCGAGCUCCGGCUGACCGUAGAGCAGAACGUAAUCAUCCCGAACGUGGAGAACUCGAAAUUGAGCGCGCUGCUUGGGGAACCGCUGCUUAAGGAGCGGGUUGCGGUCGAGGGAGUGAAUACGGAAUAUGUUGUCGUUGGGAGAGCGGAUAUGGAAAAACUGAACACACUGGAGCAAGGUGCUAAGCGACAUGUCGAGGAUCAGAUUGUUGAAGGUCAGAAUGCUGGAGGUCAAGGUGUUGGAGGUCUGGGUGAAGGCCGUCAGGUUUCUUUUGGUGCUGCGAGGGGGGAGGAGGUUACCGGGGGAGGCGGAUGUCGUGUGCCUUUUGACUUCAUACUUCACCACCUUCUUGAGAUGGAGGAGUGUUUUGUUCAUUUUUUGGGGUAUCCUCGAGGAGAUGGUGAUAGAAGAAUUACUGAGGUUGUUGAGAGAGUCAAUCAGGUGAAGAGGGAAGUUGUUGACUGCAUGAGGAAAUUGCAACUUUCUAGAGGGAUAAAUUUGUUGAUCGUGGAGAAGUGA